AUGACGAUCUUUGACGAAGCACGCAGAGGCACCUUGAUAGUGGCCGGGUUGACUGACAACGAACUUGAUUCAAACGACCCCACCACCGGCUGGACACUGCUUGCAACCGCUGUGGUGUCUGGAUUUCCGAACCUAGUCGAGCAGCUCCUUAAGCAAGGUGCAAAGGCGACCCUACAAUGCAAGAAUGGCGAGACGCCACUCCUUCUUGCGGCUUGGAAGACGACGAGGGAGCGUGCGCUGAUCUUGCAGAAGAUUCUUCGCCCCCUCAAGGGAGACAUUAACGAGAUUGACAAGACGUGCAAGCUCGCAGAGUACAACACGCCACUGAUGUGCGCGAUUGAGAACCUGGAUGUGGAUUCUGUACGGCUGCUGGCGAGGGCUGGAGCAAGGUUGCAUAUCAAGAAUGAGGAUGGUUUCAAUGCGGUUCAGGUUGCACAGAAUACUGGGAAGCGCUCAGUGCAAAACGCGCUGAAGCCGCAGGAAGAGCAAACGAAUCUCAUGCGCCUUGCGUCCGGUGUCAUAACACUCAUGCGUCAUGUUGUUUCGUGGGUCAACGACAAAUUUCAGGGCGCCAUGAGCAAGAUAUUUGGCUUCAAGGGAGAGCGCGAUGAGAGCACUGAAAAGACUUUGAAGCAGAGACAGUCCGGCCCGGGGGAGCCCACCCCCCAAGAAUUCGUCAAACUCGUCGACGCCUAUGUCCAAGAAAAACCUAUGCUAAACAGCUUUUUCAAGGACAACAAGAAGUUCAUCCAAGACAUAGUGAAGAAGGCAGUGGACCUUGCUAAAGACACCAGCUCAGACCUAGGAAGCGAGGAAGUCCUUCCCAAGACUGUUCAAGUGACCAUGCAUCAGCAGGUCAUCUACUGCGACGAUAGCGGCUCCAUGGUCGACGAGGAGGGCGCGGCGGAAGGCCGAUGGCCAAGCCAGCGGAGCCUAGCCCUUCGUAUUGCGAGGACCACAACCCGGAUCCUCCCUGACGGCGAGGGCGUCGCCCUCCGCUUCAUCAACCAUCAAACCGAUGAGUCCUCCACCCUGCGCCUCGAAGACAUCGGCCGAGUGCUCAACUCAAUUCCUGCGCGAGGCGGUACGUAUAUUGGUAGGAAGCUGCGAGAGCGCAUCCUCCAGCCCAUGGUAUAUGAACCGCUUACGAAGGGCACGCUGAAGCGGCCGUUGCUUGUAUCCAUUCUUACCGAUGGUGCCCCGUCAAAAAAGGACGAAGAGCUGGUGAAUGUGAUUGUCCAGUGUGGAAAUACAUUGGAAGAUUACCGACGUCCGAGAGACGGUGUCAAGUUCUUGAUUGGCCAAAUUGGGUCAUCGGACGAAGCCAAGGCUUUUUUGAGCAAACUCGAAAACGCACGCAAACAAAACCCGGCGCUUGCUAGCGUAUUGCAUAUUUUUGCCGGCAGGUUAGAUGAGGUAUUUCAAUCGUUGCAUGAUGAGCGAAAGCUGGACCGAUGGCUUAUUGAGACGUUGUUCGAGCCCCUAAAGCUGGGUUAG